AUGGUCAAUCCUCCGCAACCAAGACAGAUGCCUAAAUCGCCACGUCUUUCAACAUCGACAUCUUCCGGCACAUCUGCCGUACCUAAUCUAUUAGGAUCUCCUCGUCCAUCUCCUCCGCAGUUGCAACAUCAGCCUUCCAGUGCAUCUACAUCGUCAACAUCCUCGACAGCAACAACAGGGGGGUCUACAUCGGCAACUGCACCUGGGUCUAACCAACAUUACCUUCAUCACCACCAAUCUCGUAAAACAUCAAUCGUGGAAAUAUUGAGCUCUCCACCGCCGUUACCAACAGAUCCGAAUGAUCCAAUUCACCAACUUAGUUUGUCGAGACACGCUUCAACAAGCUCAAAUAAAUCCUCGUCACAAUCAGUCGCUGUUGGAACGACAACAAACACCAAUCAUACAUUUUCGUCGGUUGAUUGGAGCGAAGUUCCAUUGACAGAGUUGACAGAAUCAAACAAGUUGAUCAGCAUUCACAGUUCUCAUUCGGUCCAAGCAGCAUUUGAAACAUUGCUCAAGAACAAUUUGACCAGUGUUCCGGUAUCUAUUUCGAAAUCCGACCCCCAUGAUUUAACCAAUUGUUUGACUUUUGAUUAUAGUGAUUUGAACACUUAUCUCUUAUUAAUUAUGAAUAAAAUCAAUUAUUCGGAAUUGAAUGUCGAGGACAUUGGUGAUUCCAAUUUAUCGCCACAAGAGAAACAUGAGUUCGUCACUCAAACCAUUAGCAAGGCCAAGAGAGGAGAAGAAGUCCCAGUUGAAUUCAUAAUCAAGUUGCAUCCAAAGAACCCAUUUAUCAAGUUUAAUGAAACCGAUACUUUGUUUUCAGUGAUGGAAACCUUGGGUAAUGGUGUUCAUAGAAUUGCUAUUACAAAUGCAGAAGGUAACAGAAUAACUGGUAUAUUAUCACAAAGAAGAUUGAUUCGAUACAUGUGGGAAAAUGCUAGGAGAUUUCCUUCAUUGGACUUUUACUUGACAUCAACUUUGCAAGAUUUGAAAAUUGGGUCAUCUAACCCAAUUACAAUUUACGAGGAUCAAAUGUUGAUAGAAGCUUUGCACAAGAUGUUCAACGAAAGAGUUUCGUCGCUAGCAGUUAUUGACCGAUCAAGAACAUUAAUCGGAAACAUCUCGAUUGUCGAUGUUAAAAACGUUACCAGCUCCAAAAAUUCCCACUUAUUAUUCAAGUCUGUUUUGAACUUUAUUAGUUAUAACUUGUCACAAAAGGGAAUCGAAGAAGGACAAGAUCAAUUUCCAAUAUUCCAUGUCAAUAACCAAACGUCAUUGGGUAGAGUCAUUGCCAAAUUGGUUGCCACUCAAUCUCACAGACUAUGGAUUGUUGACAGUUCCCGUAAAGCUAGUUCCAUAAGCAGUGCUAGUGCUUCUGCCCCUAACAGUGGUAUGAAUAAUGGCGUCACUGUUGGAUACCCGGCACCGGUAGAUUCAUCAAUAACAGAUCAAGCUGAAGACAUUGAGGCUAGCAGUCUUUCUUCACCAGUUACUACUGCUGCCACUGCUGCUGCCACUUCAGCCCAACCAGAUUUCUCCUACACUAGUGGGACUGGAAAAUUAGUUGGAGUGGUCACAUUAACGGAUAUUUUAGGGUUAUUUGCUACUUCCAAGGGUAGAAGAACAGACCCUCAUGCUGCCAGAAACCAAAGAAGAAGAAGCUCAACAUCAACCACCAGAUCAUCUAUUGAUAGUGCCUUGAGUGCCGAAGGUAUACUUCCAUCGGGGGCCGCCAUCGUUGGUAGCAGUAACGCCGCAAACACCGGGCGCAGAGGUAGUGUUGAAGUUUCGAGUGAUGUUUUCCGGAAAUCCUAUACCAAGCCACAAGAAAAUGCAUUUUCAAAGGAAUAG